AUGGCUAAGUUGGACCGGUUUAAGAACUGGUUCAAAACAGAUGAGGUCUCCGUCGACAAUGAACUGCUGCUGCUUGACGAAGAAAAGCACCCGGGGGUGUCGCAAGACGUUGCCCUCGGCGUGAUGGCUCUGAAGACGUCGGAGUUCGACCCGACCACCUCCAACAUGGUCGAACAGAUCAUGACCGAUGAUUACGCCCAGGUGGUGGUCGAGGACGACUCGCCCUACCCCGAAGUGCGGGCGGCGAUCCCGUCGACCGAUGACCCCACCGUGCCCCAAAACACCAUCCGGAUGUGGGUGUUGGGGUUGAUUUUCACCAUGAUUGGUUCCGCCAUCAACUUGUUGUUCUCGUUCCACGCGCCGUCGGUGUCUAUUUCUACGCUCGUGGUGUCAAUUUUGGCGUGGCCGUUUGGCUGGUUGUGGUACAUCGUCGUCCCCAAGAAAUGGCGUAUCGGCAAGUGUUAUCUUAAUCCCGGCCCGUUCAACGUCAAGGAGCACGCGCUUAUCACGAUUAUGUCGAAUGUGUCCUUCGGCGGUGGUGCUGCAUAUGCCACCGACAUUUUGUUGGCUCAAAACCGGUUCUACAAGCUGGACUUUGGCUGGGGGUUCGACUUGCUCUUGAUCUGGUCGACCCAAUGUAUCGGGUUCGCCAUGGGGGGGUUGGCCAAGCGGUUCGUCGUCUACCCGGCGUCGGCCAUCUGGCCCGCCAACUUGGUCACGGCCACUUUCUUGACUAACUUGCACAUCAACAAAAACUUUGUUGCCAACGGGUGGAAGAUCUCGAGAUUGAAAUUCUUCUUGAUCGUCGGGAUCGCCGCCUUCUGCUACUACUGGAUCCCUGGGUUGAUGUUCACUGGGUUGUCGAAUUUUAGUUGGAUUUGCUGGAUCAAACCCAACCUGCCCAUCGUCAACCAAAUCUUCGGUUCGAGUACCGGGUUGGCGAUGAUCCCCAACUCGUUCGCCUUGGACUGGUCGCAAAUCAUGGGUUACAUUGGUUCGCCGUUGAUCCCUCCCGCCGCCGUCCACGUCACCAUCUUGCUCUCGAUGGUGCUCAUCUUCUGGGUGGUGGUGCCCGGGUUGCACUACCUGAACAUCUGGUACGCCCAAUACUUGCCCAUCUCGUCGUCAGGGUCGUACGACAGAUACGGUGACGACUACAACGUCACCAAGGUGAUCAAUUUGAAGACGUUGCAAUUUGAUGCCGAAGGGUACAAGAACUACUCGCCGCUUUUUUUGUCGACGACGUUUGCCAUAUCCUACGGGAUGUCGUUUGCUUCGAUUUUGGCGACGAUCGUCCACGUUGGUCUCUUCCACGGUAGAGAGCUUAUCGAUCAAUUGAAGUUGAAGGAAAAGCCCGACGUCCACAUGCGGUUGAUGCAGAAGAAUUAUCGAGAAGUGCCUGAAUGGUGGUACAUCAUUGUCUUCCUCAUCUUUUUCGGGAUGUCGAUUGCCGUCGUCCGGGCGUGGCCCACCGGGAUGCCGGUGUAUUCAUUGGUGGUGGCGCUUUUGAUCGGGGCGUUCUUCUUGCUCCCCGUCGCUCUUGUCUACGCCCGUACCAACAUUGCUGUCGGUCUUAACGUCGUUACUGAAUUCAUCAUCGGGUACAUGGUCCCCGGUCGUCCCUUGGCGAUGAUGAUGUUCAAAUGUUUCGGUUAUAUCUCGAACAACCAAGCCGUCACUUUUGUCCAAGACAUGAAGCUUGGUCACUACAUGAAGCUUGCCCCUCGGACUUUGUUCUCUGUGCAACUUGUGGCCACCAUAUGGUCGAGUUUGGUGCAAAUCUGUGUGUUGCGGUGGGCGUACGGGUCGAUUGACAACCUUUGUGACAAGCACCAAAAGGACAAAUACACCUGUCCCAACGGGAGAGUGUUCUUCAACGCCUCGAUUAUCUGGGGGGUUAUCGGUCCUCAACGUCAAUUCUCCCACGGGCAAAUUUACUGGGCGUUGUUGUUCUUCUUCGUCAUUGGGGCUGCGUUGCCGGUUAUCCAAUGGUUACUCCUCAAGGUGUGGCCGAAGUCGCCGAUCAAGUACAUCAACUUCCCGGUGUUCUUCUCCGGUACCGGUAACAUCCCUCCCGCCACCGCCUACAACUACCUUUCGUACGUGCUGGUGGGGUUGUUCUUCAACUACUGGAUCAAGAAGCGGUUCUUCCACUGGUGGUCGAAGUAUAACUACUCGCUUUCCGCCGGGUUGGAUGUGGGGACGGUGUGGUCGAUGUUGAUCAUUUUCUUGACCAUCUACUUGACCAACACCGAAUUCCCCAGCUGGUGGGGUAACGACUACACCUCCAGCACGAUGGACCAGAUGGGCACUGCCAUCAGAGAACAGCCCCCGCCCGAAGGGUUUGGACCCUCGACGUGGUCUUGGUAA